GCGACACUCUCGGACUUUAAGUGCAGGGCUGGCCUCAAACGUUCCCGUGUGGACCCAGUGCACUCGGAACUUGAACACAAAAUCCCCAACGCCUGCUCGAGGCGGACGCAUGCGCUCUUACGCUGGCCGCGGGAGGCGGAGCGUGGAGAUUGACAGGGCACUCUGCCUGCCGGAGCCUAGUCCCGCCUCCCUCCGGCAUCCGGCGCGGAGGCCAUGGUGCGGUUCAAGCACAGGUACCUUCUGUGUGAGCUGGUGUCCGAGGACACGCGCUGCCGCCUGAGCCUGGACGACCGCGUGCUGGGCGGGCUCGUCCGCGACACGAUCGCCCGGGUGCACGGGGCCUUCGGCGCCGCCGCCUGCUCCGUGGGCUUUGCAGUUCGAUACCUCAACGCCUACACUGGAGUAGUGCUUCUUCGAUGCCGAAAGGACUUCUACCAGCUCGUGUGGUCAGCUCUUCCUUUCAUCACGUAUUUGGAGAACAAAGGACACCGCUAUCCAUGCUUCUUCAACACAUUACAUGUGGGAGGUACCAUUAGAACCUGUCAGAAGUUCCUGAUCCGGUACAACAGGAGACAGCUGUUGGUCUUGUUGCAGAACUGCACUGAUGAAGGGGAACGGGAAGCCAUCAAGAAGUCUGUCUCCAGAAGCUGUCUGCUGGACAGAGAGUCGGUCGAAGAGCUUUCCGACAGUGCCGGGGAAGAGGUUAUGGAAGCCAUGGAGUGACUGUUUCCAGCCGCCCACGUGUGGAACAGGCCAUCCCUGGCGGUGACAGCAGCACCCACAGUUCUCCAGUGGAGUGAGGGCUGGCUACCCUGCUUUCCAUCCAUGGUGAAGGCUCUGUGCAGGCCUUUUGCGUGUAAGUGCUUAGCUUGUGGAAUAAACAAACAUUCAACAGUUGACAGAGG